UUUUCCUUGCUGCACAUUAAGAUAAGCUCUUACACCACAAACACCCACAACUACACAGCUGAAAGAUCACAUCUAGUUGCUCUAAUACUUAAGAACACAUUCAUGGCUGAACAGAAAAGUUUUGAAAAGAGCUUAGAGGAAGACAGGGGAGCUAAAGGCAAAAAGAAGUCUAAGAAGUACAAGGACCAAACAUGGGCUAAAGAGGGGCCGAGAGACCCUUUUGAAAUGCUGGACUCUCUUUCUGAAGAGAAGCAGCAAGAGAUUCAGAAAGCCCUACACCUGUUUUCCUUUGGUCAUGGGCCUCCAAAGAACCUACAAGAGGCUCAAAGACACACAUACCGCUUUUGGGACACUCAGCCAGUCCCCAAGAUAGAUGAGAAAGUGACAUCACAUGGACCAGUUGAGUCAGAGAGGCCCAGUGUUCGAGAGGAGCCAUUCUUACUGCCACAGGAAUUCAUUUGGCACACACUCAAUCUGGACAAACAAGAGCAGCUUGGAGAACUGUGCGACUUGCUGAAUGAAAACUACACAGAAGAGGAUGACAACACACUUCGUCUGCACUACACUCCACAGUUCUUGCUCUGGGCUCUGUGUCCCCCUGGAUGGCAAUUAGACUGGCAUUGUGGAGUUCGAGUGAAGUCCAGUCAAAAACUAGUUGGAUUCAUAAGUGCCAUUCCUGCUACUAUUAAAGUAUUUGACACAGAACUAAAGAUGGUGGAGGUGAACUUCCUGUGUGUACACAAAAAGCUUCGCUCUAAAAGACUAGCACCAGUCCUAAUCAAGGAGCUCACCAGACGGGUCCAUCAGCAGGGUAUACAUCAAGCAAUAUACAGCACCAAUGCUGUCCUACCAAAACCUAUUGCAAGCUGUAGGUAUGAUGGAAAUUAUGAGGAUUUCUCUUUCCCAGACCACCACUUCUGUAUUGUUUGGGGUAUUGUUUCAAACAAAAUUCUCUUGAUGUCUGUUAAAAGGUAUUGGCACAGAUCGCUGAACCCACGAAAGCUGAUUGAGCUGAAUUUCUCAUCUCUUACUCGUAACAUGACCCUCCAGCGUGCUGUCAAGCUUAAUCGCCUCUCUGAGACAACAAAAACCAAAGGUCUUCGCCAAAUGACUGUUCAAGAUGUGCCAGUGGUCCAGGAUCUUCUGCAUGAACAUGUGCAGGCUUUUCAUCUCUCUCCUUUUCUGACCCUGGAUGAUGUUGAACACUGGUUUCUGCCUCAAGAUGGUGUGAUUGACACAUAUGUUGUGGAGAGCAUGGCUGGUACCAUAACUGACAUGGUGAGUUUCUACACACGUCCCUCUGCUGUUCUGAACCACCCUGUGCAUAAAGGCCUGAGGGCAGCCUGUGUUCUUUAUUGCAUCAGCAAGGCUACCCCACUGCUGCAGCUAAUGGAGGACAUCCUUAUCAUCUGUAAAACAGAAGGAUUUGAUGUGUUCUCUGCUCUGGAUGUAAUGGAUAAUAAAACUUUUUUGGAACCGCUCAAGUUCAGAAUGGGAGAUGUACACAAGCAGUAUUACCUCUACAACUGGAGAUGCCCUGAGAUGCCCUCAGACAAGGCCAAACAACUGUUAUAUCUACCAUGAACAGAACGUGCAGUUGUGUUCUUUGCAGAAUAAGGCAACACCAGGUGGCGCAGUUUGAUACCCUACAAGAAAACGGAAAUCAAAACAAAGAACUAUCUACACAAUAAUUUAAAAACAGAACGUAACAUCAAUACAGACUCUUUUCUUCACAU